AUGCAAGUACUGGAAUUUACCUUUAAAGUGUUGACAAUAUGCGGUUGUUGGAGACCGGAAUCGUGGACGUCGAUGUAUAAGCGCAUAAUAUAUCGAGUUUACACAGUUUUAGUAAUUUUCUUAGUAAAUAGUUUCACACUGUCGCAAUUUAUGGAUAUAAUUCUUAUCGCAGACAAUACCGACGAUAUUUCUGAUAAUUUUUGCAUAAUGCUCCCUAUGUUUAUUUCCUGUUACAAAAUGCUUAGUCUAUUGGUAAAUCAUAAAACCAUUGUCAAACUGACUGAUAUUUUGACAAAGGAACCGUGCAAAGCAUCGAGACCAAAUGAAAUAAAAAUUUACUAUAAAUUCGAUAAAGGCAUACAAGUUAACACUUUUCAUUAUGCAACUCUGGGCUUAGUGGCAUGCGCCACUAUUACGUUCAUAUCUUUGUUGACGGAUUUCGGUGAAAGAAAAUUAACGUACAGAGCAUGGAUGCCGUUCGAAUAUUCAUCUACAUCCGUAUUUUAUAUAUUAUACGCUCAUCAAUUAAUAUGUUUAAAUAUAGCUGCUCUGUUGAACGUUGCUUGCGACGGUCUCAUUUGCGGAUUAUUAGUGCACAUUUGUUGUCAAUUUGAAAUCUUGGCGUAUCGUUUGAGAAAAAUCAUGCUUUAUUCAGAUACUCUUCGUAAUUGCGUGCGACAACAUUGCAAUAUUUUCAGAUUAGCUUUUAUUGUUAAUGCGACAUUUAGAAUGGUCAUUACUAUACAAUUUCUAAUGAGUAUGUUAGUGGUAUGCUUCAAUCUCUAUCAAUUAACGCAAUUGAAAAUAGGCCCAAGAUAUAUUCGAUUAGCAAUGCUCAUGUCUUGCAUGCUGACACAAAUUUUCGUUUACUGCUGGUAUGGCAACGAAGUCAAAUUAAAGAGUCGCCAGUUCGUUGAUGACAUUUUUCAAAUUGAAUGGUUAGAGAUGAACGAAAAUUUAAAAAAAUCAUUAAUAUUAAUAAUGAAACGUACAGCAAUACCUAUCGAAAUUACCAGCGCCUAUACUAUCUCUAUGAAUCUUGAUUCUUUUAUGGGUAUACUUAAAACGUCAUAUUCGGCUUACAAUUUGCUUGUGCAAAUGGAAUAA